AUGAUGAAGAGCAAGCAUUUCAGGCAGCUAAUAGCUCCAAAGGAGCAGCACUGCUCGUAUGAAUCGCGUAUGAUCAAGCCGGUUCAAAGAGUCGUACAGUACCCUCUUCUCCUCAGAGCCAUCCAGUCUUGCUGUGAUCAGGAGAGCCUUCAAGCAAAGCAGGUAGAGGUAGCUCUGCAGAAGAUGCAAACUUUGGCUGAAUAUGUGAACGAGAUGCAGCGGGUUCAUGAGCAAUACGCCCCACAUAUUGACGCCUUACGCCGACAAAACGACGUGUUGUUCAGAGAGAAGGGCCUACGAAUCGAUGUCAGAGAUUUGGUACUUUUUGCCCAUGUACAGUGGUUGAACGCCGAAAAGUCGAUGCAGGAAUAUGUGAUCUUCGUAUUUCAAAGUCUGAUUCUCCUGCUACCGCGGAAUGCGAGGAGAGACUGCAAGAUGAAAUUGACACGAGUGCUGCCGAUCAAUGAAGUUCAAGUCGAAGACGAUCGAAAAGAUGACCCAGUGCUCACCAUCGUCCACACAAGGACUGUCGCCGAACGGCAUUACGAUGCCGUCUACCACAUUGCAUGCUGUCAAUUGACUUUGAAACAUCAGCUUAUUCGAAGUAUUAAGAAAGCUCGAACUAAUUUCAGCCGUGAAACACGACGACCGUUGAGCGGCUCAAGUCAGUCUGAUGGUGGCUACGGUAGCGAUCCGGUGAAGGACAGGAAGAGCUCAUAA